ACACGUUAGUGAAGGUACGGUUAACGACACGAACUUAAUUUCCUUCAAAGUAAAACGCAAGGAGCGCCAAUCACUUUGGAGUGGCGUUUUGUUGUUUUAUUUUGAAGGAGUGGUCAGCGGAAAUGCUCUGACUGUUCCCGGCGGUUGUGUUUGACGGUGUGGACGCAGCCCGCUGAUGUAGGUUCGGUAAUGCCGGAGUAGACCCACUAUCACGGCCGGGAGCAGCACGAACAGCCGCUGAAGGCAGCCACCGGGACCGCUGAGGAAAGAUGGCCGCCCCUGCUCUCUCCAGCCGGGCCAGCUCGGCAGGCAGCCUAGGGAACAGCCCCACCAUGGCCGCCAGCAGGUUGCCUCACGGUGGCGGGGGCGUCGGGCCCGAGCUCGACUUUAGAUCGGCGGCCCGCAUGGAGGACCUGAACCGGCUCAUCCAGGAGUUCAGCAAGCACGACCAGCGGGAAUACGAUGACCAGCGGGCCCUGGAGAUCCACACUGCCAAGGACUUCAUCUUCUCCAUGCUGGGAAUGGUCCAGAAGUUGGACCAGAAGCUCCCGGUGGCCAACGAGUACCUCCUGCUGUCCGGCGGCGUUCGAGAGGGCGUGGUGGACAUGGACCUGGACGAGCUGAGCGUCUACGCCCGUGGCACAGACUACGACAUGGAUUUCACGCUGCUGGUGCCGGCGCUGAAACUGCACGACCGAAACCAGCCGGUGACCCUGGACAUGCGUCACUCGGCUCUGGGCCACUCGUGGCUCAGCCUCCGCCUCUUCGACGAGGGAACCAUCAACAAGUGGAAGGACUGCUGCACCAUCGUGGACCACAUCAACGGGACCACCAACUACUUCUUCUCGCCCACCCUCGUGGCGGACUGGUUCUACCAGUCCAUCUCGCUGGUGCUGCUGGAGGUGCAGAAGAAGCCCCAGAGGGGCAUUCCCAGGGUGGAGAAGGUGGAGAGGAACGGGACGGUCAUCUCGGUCAUCCUGGGCGUGGGAAGCAGCCGCAUGCUGUAUGACAUCGUCCCCGUGGUGUCGUUCAAAGGGUGGCCGGCGGUGGCGCAGAGCUGGCUGAUGGAGAACCACUUUUGGGACGGCAAGAUCACCGAGGAGGAGGUGAUCAGCGGCUUCUACCUGGUGCCCACGUGCUCCCACAAAGGCCGCAAGGAGAACGAGUGGCGCCUGUCGUUCGCCCGCAGCGAGGUGCAGCUGAAGAAGUGCAUCUCGUCCAGCCUGAUGCAGGCCUACCAGGCGUGCAAAGCCAUCAUCAUCAAGCUGCUGUCGCGGCCCAAAGCCAUCAGCCCGUACCACCUGCGCAGCAUCAUGCUGUGGGCCUGCGACCGCCUCCCCGCCAACUACCUGUCGCAGGACGACUUCUCCGCCCACUUCCUUCUGGGCCUGAUCGACGACCUGCAGCACUGCCUGGUCAACAAGACGUGUCCCAACUACUUCAUCCCGCAGUGCAACAUGCUGGAGCACCUGUCGGACGAGACGGCCAUGCUGCACGCUCGCAAGCUCUCCUCCGUGCGCUCUGACCCGGCCGAGCACCUGCGCACCACCAUCGAGCACGCCAAGGCCGCCAACAGGCUGACGGUGGAGCUGCAGUGGCGAGGGAGCACCAACAACCUGCCGUCGCCACAGUCCGACGCCGGCGGCGAGAACCAGCCCGACGACCGCCUGGCCAAGAAGCUCCAGCAGCUGGUCACGGAGAACCCCGGGAAGUCCAUCUCCGUCUUCAUCAACCCGGACGACGUCACGCGGCCGCACUUUCGCAUCGACGACAAGUUUUUCUGAAGCGGACCCUCCUCGUCAGACCCUCUCCUCCAGUCACCCGCCACCGCCCAAACUUUAUUUUGGACAUUUUUUAUGUUCCUCCACCACAGUGUCAAGUCAGGUGAUCGUCAAGUCGUGUUUUCCACGAGGGUUCAUUUUCUAGCGUCCUUAUUUUUCUACUUGCCCCCCUCCCCCGUCCCUCAAUGUGUUUCUACGUGCUGGAGGCCUUGACACGGACAUCCGGAAAGACACCGAGACACGGAACCUCGUUCUCGCAACAAUCAGGAAUGUUGGGGAGGGGGGGGGAAGAACUUUUCAAAUGAAUUCAAGGGAUCUGGUUAAUGGUCACUCAUCAAGACCACGCUGUCACUCGCACUCGCAACAACACGUGAACUAUUCUUACAUAGUACUUCACAAUGCGCAACUAAGAACGGUUCAAAGAAUGUACUUCAUUUCCAGCUGAAAUUUGUCCUUAUGCUCUUCCAGCUGUAAAAAUAUCAAAGGCCGUGUCUCAAAUGGAAUACUUCCGUCAGUACACUUUAGAGGUCCUUGGUCUAUGUGCAAAGUCCAUGUAAGUCAACACCUAAAUCACUCAAAAUGUAGACAGAAAAGCAAUACAGUAAUACAACUAGAAAAGCACAUCGAUCGUAAAAAAAAGUCCUAAAUCCAGAUGGUGAUCCGGAUCACCCUCAAAAUGUAAUCACUUCUUCCGUGUCUUAUUUCGAAAAUUCCUGAAAAUUUGGUGGAAAUCCGUCCCGUUAGUUUUUAAGCUAUAGUGUAGCGGAAUAGAAGAAACAGUGAAGUUCUUGUAAAAAUAUCAAAGGCCGUGUCUCAAAUGGAAUACUUCCGUCAGUACACUUCAGAGGUCCUUGGUCUAUGUGCAAAGUCCAUGUAAGUCAACAGCUAACCUAGACCUACUCAGUGGCCUAGUAGUUAGAGUGUCCCCCCUGAGAUCGGUAGGUCGUGAGUUCAAACCCCGGCCGAGUCAUACCAAAGACUAUAAAAAUGGGACCCAUUACCUCCCUGCUUGGCACUCAGCAUCAAGGGUUGGAAUUGGUUGGUUAAAUCACCAAAAAUUAUUCCCGGGCGCGGCACCGCUGCUGCCCACUGCUCCCCUCACCUCCCAGGGAGUGAACAAGGGGAUGGGUCAAAUGCAGAGGACAAAUUUCACCACACCUAGUGUGGGUGUGUGACAGUCAUUGGUACUUCAACUUUAACUUUAAAUUACUCAAAAUGUAGACAGAAAAGCAAUACAGUAAUACAACUAGAAAAGCACAUCAAUCGUAAAAAAAAGUCCUAAAUCCAGAUGGUGAUCCGGAUCACCCUCAAAAUGUAAUCACUUCUUCCGUGUCGUAUUUCGAACAUUUCCUGAAAAUUUGGUGGAAAUCCGUCCUAAUAUUUUUUAAGCUAUAUUGUAGCGGAAUAGAAGAAACAGAGUGAAGUUCUUGUCAGUCAUCCACUGUUUUUGUCUCUAUGGGUGGAGAUGGGGCCGUAAGCAUUCACAGAUCCUUAUCAGCCCCAAAGAGUAAUCACUUUGUCCUAGAGAUGUCCGAUAAAUGCUUUAAAAUGUAAUAUCGGAAAUUAUCGGUAUCGUUUUUUUUAAUUAUCGGUAUCGUUUUUAUUUUUUUAUUUUUUAUUAAAUCAACAUAAAAACACAAGAUACACUUACAAUUAGUACACCAACCCAAAAAACCUCCCUCCCCCAUUUACACUCAUUCACACAAAAGGGUUGUUUCUUUCUGUUAUUAAUAUUCUGGUUCCUACAUUAUAUAUCAAUAUAUAUCAAUACAGUCUGCAAGGGAUACAGUCCGUAAGCACACAUGAUUGUGCGUGCUGCUGGUCCACUAAUAGUAGUAACCUUUACAGUUAAUUUUACUCAUUUUCAUUAAUUACUAUUUUCUAUGUAACUGUUUUUAUAUUGUUUUACUUUCUUUUUUAUUCAAGAAAAUGUUUUUAAUUUAUUUAUCUUAUUUUAUAUUAUUAUUAUUUUUUAAAAGGACCUUAUCUUCACCAUACUUGGUUGUCCAAAUUAGGCAUAAUAAUGUGUUAAUUCCACGACUGUAUAUAUCGGUAUCGGUUGAUAUCGGUAAUUAAGAGAUGGACAAUAUCGGAUAUCGGCAAAAAGCAAUUAUCGGACAUCCCUACUUUGUCCCAUUUCUGACAAUUCCUGAAAGUUAGCUGAAAAUCCACCCAAAACCUUUUGUGUUAGCAAUAGCGGAACGAAAGAAACGGAGUGAACACUCUUGUCAGUCAACCACUAUCUUUGGCCUUGUUCACACCGCGGGGCAAUUCCGAUUUUUUUUGCCCUUAUGUGACUUGUAUUGGAUUUUUCAUGUCAAUGUGAACAGUACAAUUCCGACAUUUUCAAAUCCGACCCAGGCCUUGGAUAUAAUUCGGAUAUGUAUCCAAUGCGACCACGGUCUGAAUGCUCUGACUGCGUACGUCCGGCCAACACGUCAUCACAUAGCGUAACGUCGUAAUUCUUCGCUACAAUAAAUAGUUUACAAAUAAGCAGAAAACACAAAUGAAUGUUUUAGGAACUGGCGUCAAUGUUCCACCAGUCCUGCCUACGACUGCUCGCCCACACGCUCUUCGGCGUAUACGUCCAAGCAAAUUAUCCCCGCAAACUGCGAGAGCCAAAAUGAUUGUCCUCUUCCUCCUCAAUAAUUUGAUACAGAAAAUGAAUGUUGACCUUGGUUGCACAAAAUCCUUAUAAUUGCCAGAAAUGCGCCCGGACUGAGGAAUUGUAGACAUGUUUACCCCUGUAAACACAACAGCACGUGUGACGUCAUGUCUGCAUGCGGGUCAGACUGCGUUCACAUUAGACAGUUUGUGUUCAGUUUUAACACACUCAGAAGUGUAAGUACAGAAGUGUGCCAGUUGAGACACGGCCAUAAGGGGAAAAAUGCUCAUCAGGCAUUAUCACAAUUGUGUCAUAAUUAUUGUGGAAUGAAAGUGAAAGAUUGUUUUGAGCAACAAUGCGUGUGUGGGAUGGUACGUUUUUGAUAGAGGUGUGAACCUUCGGGUACCUAACGCUUUGAUCCGAUUCCGAAUCCAUUCUCAUUUUUACACGAUUCUCGAUUCAAACCGAUUCUCUCAAUGUUAUAUUUUGUAUGAUAAUUAUAAUGAAACUUUUUUUAAAACAGGUUACAGGUUAAAAAAGCUCCCUCUGGUUGCAUGGAGAUGGCCUAAAAACAUUUUCAAAAUUGAUUC